AUGGCUCUAACAUCAUGGAAAGCCUUCAACUUCUUCGACGUUUCUUCCGUCAAGCUACCUGAGGAAAGCUCGUCGAUAUUCAGUUCCGACAUCUCCUCCCUUUGUACCGGCUCAUCGAAUCUCUUUCUUGGAUCCACCGAUGGCUUCGUCCACCUCAUCUCGCCCUCCUUCAAGCUCGUCCGAUCGUUCAACGCAUCCGAGGGCGGCCCUAUCACGCAUAUCAAACAGAUAGAAGGAACAUCACUCCUUGUUACGAUCGCUGAUGAUGCCUCAAAUGAACCAGCUUUGAAAGUCUGGGCUCUGGAUAAGACGGAGAAGAAAACGGGAGCCCCUAGGUGCUUAUCAACGACCCCGGUGCAGAAUGCUAGAAGACCAUUCCCCAUAUCUGCAUUUACGGCCGUUCCCGACCUGUCGCAAGUCGCCGUGGGUUUCGCCAAUGGUUCCGUGGCAAUCAUUCGUGGCGAUUUAAUUCAUGAUCGCGGCGCGCGGCAACGUAUUGUCUUCGAAUCAGAAGAACCGAUUACUGGACUAGAAAUACACAGUGGUCCGAUAUCCAUCCUGUAUAUUUCCACAACGAACCGAAUAUUAGCAUUGGUUAUCGCUGGUAGGGGACAGGGCCAACCAGCUCGAGUCCUCGAAGACACUGGCUGCGCUCUCGGCUGUAUGGCUCUGGACAAAGACAACGGUGACGUUCUUGUGGCCAGAGAGGAUGCGAUAUACACCUAUGGGCCGCAUGGACGCGGGCCCAGCUAUGCCUUCGACAGUCCUAAGAACUCAAUCAACAUCUUCAAGGAUUAUGUCGCACUAGUCUGCCCUCCGAAGAUCGCCACUUCAAAUUCGGGUACUUUGCGGAACUUCGAUGUCAGCCAGCCUAAUGAUAUUUUCAGCACAACCACCUUUACAUUGCUGGACACGGAUCUGAAGUUCAUUGCACAUUCGGAGUCCCUGGUGUCUCCUGUGAAACAAGUGUUCAUUGAGUGGGGCGAUCUGUUCAUUCUGACAUCGGACGGGAAGAUAUACCGCUAUCGUGAGAAGAGCCUGCAGCAAAAACUCGAAAUUCUCUACCAGCGCAGUCUCUACAUACUGGCGAUUAAUUUGGCACAGAAGAAAGGUGUCGAUACUUUACAGCAAAAUGCCAUCUACCGUAAAUAUGGCGAUUUCUUGUACCAGAGGGGCGACUAUGACACAGCCAUGCAGCAGUACCUCCGGGCCAUUGAUAACACAGAACCAUCACAAGUCAUUCGGAAGUAUCUGGAUACGCAGCGUAUCCACAAUUUGAUCGAGUACCUCGAAGAGUUGCACGACCAUGAUCGUGCCACAGUUGACCACACGACGCUGUUAUUGAACUGCUACGCGAAGCUCAAAGACACAGGCAAAUUAGAUGAGUUCAUCAAAGCUCCCGGGGAAUUAAAGUUCGACUUGGAAACAGCUAUUGCUAUGUGCCGUCAGGGCGGCUACUAUGAGCAAGCCGCUUACUUGGCUACAAAGUACGGCGAAAACGACAUGGUUGUUGACAUAUUGAUUGAGGACUCGAAGAAGUAUGCAGAGGCUGUGGAAUAUAUCUGGAGGCUUGACCCUGAACUGGCCUACUUUAACCUUAUGAAGUAUGCUCGUGUUCUCCUCUCCAAUUGCCCACAGAGAACAACCGAUCUUUUUAUCGAAUACUACAAGGGAAAGUACAAGCCCAUCACCGAGGUUCAGAAUCCACCCGAGCCACAGGCGCAGUCGACUAGUACACUACAGAGCCUCGCGGCUUUCCUUCCUCUCCCUUUGAUGAACUCUAGCGCAGGCACAAAGACGGCAGCCGCCGAGCCUUCACCCGAAGUAGAGGACAAGGUAGCAGAUGAUACCCUAGUUUACCAAAUCCCCAAGCCCCGAACUGCCUUCUCCGCUUUUGUGGGCCAUCCUCAAGAGUUUAUUACAUUCCUUGAGGCGCUUAUCAGUCAAGAAACCCUGAAAGAAGAAGACAAGGUGGACCUUUAUACGACGCUAUUCGAGAUGUACCUAGAUACGGCAUCUCGCAAGAAAGCCACGGCUGAGAAGGAUGAAUGGGAGACUAAAGCCAAGAAACUCAUCGAGGGCAAGGAUAUCCCGAUAUCCACAUCCAGCGUCUUGUUGCUCUCAGAUCUUUCGGGCUUUCGGGAAGGAUCGACUCUGGUGCGGGAGCAGGAAGGUCUUCGUUCGGACAUUUUCCGCUCAUUCACGUCCGCAAAAGAUACACGCGGAGCCAUUCAAGCUUUGAAGAAAUAUGGUCCAGAAGAACCCCAACUAUACGUUGAUGCUUUAACCUAUUUUGCUUCAAGCCCGAAGAUUCUCGAAGAGGCGGGCGAGGAGUUAGAUGUUGUUCUCAAACGCAUUAACGACGAGGGACUCAUGUCGCCGCUCCAAGUCAUCCAGGCGCUCAGCAACAACGCCGUGGUCACUAUGGGCCGGGUGAAGAAGUAUCUGAGCGAUAACAUCGAGCGAGAACGGAAAGAGAUAUCGACUAAUCGUCGUUUUAUUUCCAGCUACAGUACAGAAACUGAAAGUAAGAGGAAGGAGCUUGAACAAUUAGGUAGCAAACCAGUUGUUUUUCAAGCUCGCCGGUGUGCACUUAAGUCUUGCGGUGGAGUCCUGGACCUUCCUACGGUUCACUUCCUCUGCAAGCAUUCUUUCCACCAACGGUGUCUGAACAAGGUCGACGAGGAAGCCGAAUGUCCGGUCUGUGCUCCUCAGAACUCUACUAUCAGAGCCAUCCGCAAGAGACAGGUGGAGUCAGCGGAUCAGCAUGAGCUUUUCAAAGGGGAGCUCCAACGGUCGAAGGAUGGCUUCGGGGUCAUCGGCGAGUUCUUCGGAAGGGGAGUAAUGCGACCACAGAGGUCAAUGAUGACAGAGAUUGGUCUCGCACAGCAACGCCUCUUCGAUGAUGAUGAUGCUCAAUACGCCAAUCGACAAAAUCCUCCCCCGCAUACUACCCUUGAAUCGGAACCCUGCCAGCCUACUUUACCACAUAUGGAUGAUAUACAUCUCGUUCCGACUGUCGAUGUCAAUGGUCCACAGUAUAUAGAUUACAAUAAUAUGGGGGUUGCUCCGGAACACAUGUACCAAACAAAUGGCACAACCACCCACCAAUACGAACCUAUCGCACAAACAGAACAACAUCAUCCUCAAAGUCUCUUGAGCAAUGACUUCUCCCAGUCCGCAGCGUCAUACAAUCUCUUCGAAUCAUCAUUACAACCCUCCAGAAGCUCCAAUCAUGAUCCAAUGUCCUUCCUGAGACCGGACGACGCCUUGCAGAUCGACCUGCAAAACGGUGCCCGGAGGUGGAACUCCAUGCAAGGAAUGUCCUCUUCGCCGCACGACACCGAACCGAACUCUUCAUUAUUGUCUCCCAAAGCCAGUCGCUCGCGAAGUGAUAAUGCAGGUUCAAACGGGAUUUUAGUUCCACACCCCGAAGUGCACCAACCUGCAGAGUCCACCGACAAACUACCUCAUACUAUCACUAUUGAAACACCCGCAGAGCCAAAAAAACGAGGUCGUCCAAAGAAGCAAACCCCAGCGGAAACUGUCGAAACUCCUAAAGUUCCACGUGCGGUUAAUCAGGACACUAGUGAAGCAUAUGAUACUAAACCCGAGAAGCGCAAGCCAGGCCGGCCACCAAAGAAUCCAAAGCCUGACACAGAGCGCAAUGACGUUUCGAACAUCGAUGAUCAAUCCACCCACCCUGAUCCUAUAACCAUAAUACCAGAACCACAAGUCCAUCCGACUGAGCCAGAUCUCCCUACUCCUCCGGCCGAUAUACCCCAAAAUAAUACCACAGAAAAUACCAACUUCCACAUCGAGAUACCCAACCAACAGUCCCCACCACAACAAGCACCCACAGAGACUUUACAAACUCUAGAACCAGCGGCACCCAAAGAAUCCAAAAAGAAGAAACUAAAACGCGGCAAAACCACCUCCGUAACACUCCACAAAACCUAUGACCCAGACGUCGAAGACGACGUAAUAUGGAUCGACGAUGCACCACCAAACCCCGUCAUUCCCCAUCCCGUAAACAGCGACGUAUCACACCCUACCGUCCCUACAAAUAAUGAUCAAACACCAUCAGACAAUAUAACAGUUCAACCUGAUCCAGCCCCGCAACCUAAGAAACGCGGACGCAAGCGGAAGAAAACCUCCGAUCCGGUGAUCGAGGGAGAACCAAGAGAUAAGAUAGGGAAACUGUCAGACACCUAUGUCGAACAAGAUCAACAGACUGUCUCAGUCACGGUCGACAAUACCACAAAUACAACUGUCAACAAAAUUGCCGUCGAUGAUUCAGAUAUACUUAGUGUAGCUCACGAUCUACAGGCUGGUUCAGAGAAUAUUCAUUCUGAAACAACACCCGUGUUGACUACAAAUGAGAACCCGCCCGAGACACCCAAGAAGUCUGAUUCGGAACCGAAAACACCCUCUACGACUCCCAGGAUCGCGGAUACAGAUGCUUCAGGCAAAGGUGCGAACAAAGGGCCCGGCAAACACAGUCCAAUCUCCACGGGGAAGGUACCCUACCGUGUUGGAUUGAGUCGAAAGGCCAGGAUUGCUCCGUUAUUGAAGAUUGUCCGGCGGUAA